ACAUCGAAGCUCACGGCAUUGAUUUUGAUAUUUUAUGAAGUACGUAAAUAAACUUUUUAUCUUUGCAAAAUUUGAUUUUAAUUCCUAUAAGUACUUUUUUUCCAAUAAGAAAUAUAACUUGUGUGCUUCUUCUGUAAAAGAACUUGUGUGCUUUUUGUCUCUCUUUGUUUUUGGGUACUGUGUGCUUUUUAGUCUCUAUAACAAAGGCCAAAACACAUUUUUUGCUAACUUUAUUGACUAUAGUAAAAUUUAAUAUGAAUUAAAAUUAUUGACUAUCAAUAAACCUUACAGUCCGAGACGCCCAAAGUGACACUGUAGAUCGCAAAAUUUGGGUUUUCUGCUCCUGUUCACCAUUCCAAAUCCCCUUCCAUGUCGAUUCCCUUUUUGCCUUUGCGUCCGCCAGGCUUUUGCUCGGCUCCUUUUCACCUUUUGGUCCGGCAGGCUUUUUCGUCUUCCUUUUCCAUUUCCUUUGUCGUCGUUCGUCCUCGUUUUGGCUAUAUAUGUGGGUUGGUUUCUGGUGGUUUUCUCAUCAUCUCACUCUCUCCUCUUUUUGUUUCUUCCUGUAUUCGUUUUUGCUAUGCAAUCGGUGAUGGCUUUUAGGUCUGGGUUUGAUUGUUUGUCCGAUGUUGUUCCUGGGAGAACUGCUUGGGGGUUCAAGAUCCGGAUUUCUAAGCUUUUGGAGGUUCAAGAUCCAGAUUUCUAAGCUUUGGGAGGUUGUUUUAUUCUACUUCGGUUGAAAUGGUUCUUGUUGAUACUAAGAGGAGUUUAUGUCCGACCUAUUUGUGCAUACAAGGGCUACAAGGUUCAAGCUACAGUUCGAAGACAGAUGCUGUAUUUAUUUCAGCAGAAGUUGGAUGAAGGAUUUUGCUACAUCUUGUCUUUCUUUACUGUUGCUCCAACACCAGUGACAUAUAAUUUUUUUAAUCUGAUUUUUGUGUUGUUUUGUUUAGGGUAAAAUGACCAACUACCAUGUUUUUUGAUCUGCUGGUAAGAAUGAACAAGUGCUGGUUGUGGCAUAUGAAACUGCAGAAUAUCAGGGUUCAAAUUUGUUCAUGGGAAAUAUUGGUGAUUCAAGAGCAAUCAUGGGAUCUAAGGAUAGCAAUGACUUAUAGGAGAAGCAGAAAGAAUUAAGGAUAGCAAUGACUCGAUGGUGGCGAUUCAGCUGACCGUUGAUUUGAAACCUGAUUUGCCAAGAGAAGCAGAAAGAAUUAAGAAGUGCAAAGGUAGGGUAUUUGCAUUGGAAGAUGAACCAGAAGUUCCUAGGGUGUGGUUACCUUAUGAUGAUGCACCAGGAUUAGCAAUGGCUAGAGCAUUCGGAGAUUUUUGCUUGAAGGAGUAUGGUGUCAUUUCUAUACCUGAAUUUACGCACCGGCUUCUCACAGACAAAGACCAGUUCAUUGUUCUUGCCUCGGACGGGAUCUGGGAUGUUUUGAGCAAUGAAGAGGUGGUGGAGAUAGUAUCAUCAGCACCGAAUCGAUCAUCAGCAGCGAGGGUUAUAGUGGAAUCUGCCGCACGAGAGUGGAAACAUAAAUAUCCGACUUCAAAAAUGGACGACUGUGCUGUUUUGUGCCUAUUUUUGGAUGGGAAAAUCAACUCAGAAGAAUCUGAUUGUGAUGAACAAUGCUAUUCUUCCGCAACCAUCCAGAAUAACAACGAUUUGAGUAAUCCAGUUGAGUUGGACGAAGGUCAAAAGUCCGAGCCAUCUUUGCGAAGGAACUACACUGUUAGAUCCUCAGAAGAAAUUGAGAAAUGUGUAGGAGGAGAAUCUGUUGAUGUUGAAGAUGGAACAUCAACAGCUGAAGAUCAAAACUGGUUAGCUCUAGAAGGUGUCACCCGAGUAAACUCACUGGUACAACUUCCUAGAUUUUCUGAAGAAAAGCCUAACUCUUGAAAUCUGUUUAUUCAGUUCGAACUCUUUGUUGUAAUGCCUAUAUCAACACAAUGAAUUCAAGAAGGAUUAUUUUUUUAUUUGGUUAA